AUGGAGAUCUCUUAUGACUCCUCUGGUUCAGCUGAGGGGGGUGACCCCGCCGCUGACGACACGGCGGCCACUCGCCGCUCUCCACACUUGGAGACCCUCCCUGGUUUUCCGCCUCGGCCAUCUUCGCCACCUCCGCAGCCUGCUGCUGUGGACUCUGGAGCUGAGACUGCUGGUGCUGAGCCUGGGGGUGCUGAGACAGAGGUGGCGGUGGAGCUGUGGGUGACCCUGCUGGAGGUCCUGGAGCUGGACAGACACCGCUGCCUGAUCUACUUGAGAUGCUCUCGCCGCAGGCGAUUCGUGCAUGGAUCGUUCGGCGAGGCAGUCCUGGGUGGUGGAGGGUACGGUCCUGCUGGUGCUGGAGCUGCUAGUCCUGGAGGUACUGCUGGUGCUGGAGGUACUGGAGGUACUGCUGGAGGUGCUGGAGGUGCUGCUGGUGCUAGAGGUACUAGAGGUGCUGCUGGUGCUGGAGGUGCCGGAGCUACUAGUCCUAGAGGUGCUACUGGUGCUGAAGGUGCUGGACCUACUAGUCCUGGAGGUACAGCUGGUGCUGGAGGUGCUGCUGGUGCUGGAGGCGCUGGAGCUGGAUGUACUGGAGGUGCUGGAUCUGCUGGUUCUGGAGGUGCUCGUACUGGAGGUGCUGGAGCUGCCGGAGCUGAUGGUGCUGUUAGUACUGGAGGUGCGAGGGGUACUGGAGCUGCUGGCACUGGAGGUGCUGGUGCUACUGGUGCUGGAGCUGUGGGAGCUGUUGGUCCUGGAGGUGCUCGUACUAGAGGUACUGGAGCUGCCGGAGCUGGUGGUGCCGGAGGUGCUACUGGAGCUGCUGGCACUGGAGGUGCUGGUGCUGCAGGUACUGGAGGUGCUGGAGCCGCUGGUACUGGAGGUGCUCGUACUAGAGGUGCUGGAGCUGCCGGAGCAGGUGGUGCUGCUGGUGCUGGAGGUGCUACUGGAGCUGCUGGCAGCGGAGGUGCUGGAGGUACCGCUGGUGCUGGAGGCGCUGGAGCUGGAGGUACUGGAGGUACUGGAGGUGCUGGUGCUGCUGGUCCUGGAGGUUCUCGUACUAGAGGUGCUGGAGCUGUCGGAGCAGGUAGUGCUGUUGGUGCUGGAGGUGCUGGAGGUGCUACUGGAGCUGGAGGUGCUGGAGGUGCUACUGGAGCUGCUAGCACUGGAGGUGCUGGAGGUACUGCUGGUGCUAGAGGUGCUGGCGCUGUCGGAGCUCGUGGUGCUGCUGGAGGUGCUACUGGAGCUGCUGGUGCUGGAGGUGUUGGUGCUGCUGGUGCUGGAGGAGUUGGAGCUGCUGGUAUUGCCCCGCGCCGACUGUAA